AUGUUCCAUAAAAGACACUCAACAAAGGAGCAGUUGGUUGUGGGCAAGAAGGAGUCAAAAAAGCUUAGAGAUAGAUUUGUUGCUAUUUUGGAAAGGGACCAUUUGGAUUCUUUGGAAUCUUUCUGGAAAAAGAGUGAUAGUAUUACUCGUAUCACAUGGGAAUUCUCAACUGGAGGCGUGGCUGCUUUUUACGUGGUAAAUGGGAUUCCUUUGCUGUUUUCUGUUAUUUCUUUACCCGAUGAUUCGCAGGGCAUGUUUGCAGGGAAUGAUGUAGCUUUGAUCCCCACAUUAUUUUUUUUCUUAUUGAUGAGGAACUACUACAAAAAGGAGGACAUGGAGGUAGUUUCUUUAUUUGGUUCAAAAGUUUGGUGCAAGGGUGCGACAUCGCAUUAUAUUCUUUCUGGAGCACACCUUAUGAUGCCUGGUGUGGUGGAUAUUGGAGAAGUAAAUAAUAAAAAAUUGCUUGUGGGAGAAACUGUUUUUAUCCAUUCCAUUGGAACUUCCUGUCCUUAUGCCGUUGGGCUAUCUACAGAGGGUCUUGUAAAUCGUGCUAAAAUUGGAAAAGGAGUGUACGUACUUCAUUGUUAUAAAGAUCUUUUGUGGGAUUCUUAUUUUGCUGUGUUUAAUGCUUUUUGUGGUUCAGUAUAUCCGGUCCUUCCAUCAACAUUUCGGGCCAAUGAAGUUGUUGAAAUUCUUUUACCGAAAUUAGAUACUGCGAAUGAGAUUUCGGAGGAAAAAGGCGAUCAAGGAAAUUUAGAAAAUGGUGAUGAUGAGGUAUUAAGGAAAAAUGUUUUUUUCAAUCAGAGUCGUGUAAUUCAAACUACAUUGAAAAUGAUUGAGGGAGAGGAUGCUCUGAUUGAUUUUGCGCUCUGUGAAACGGUUCGAGCUUUGUCUCAUUCUAUGCUUCCUAUGCCUCUUACAGAGUUUUCGCCUUUAUUAAUUUCAAAUGCCCCAAGAAUUCCUGGUGCUAAAUUACAAAUUGAUUUUAAACGAACAAAAUAUAAAAAGGUUCUUCCAUAUCUGUUGAUGAGAUCCGAUUUGAUUACUGUCUCUGAGGAAAAAAAAGGAAAUCAUUUUAUCGUUCAAAUAAAUAAGUCCAGUGAGCUACUAAGGCGACAUAGGCGAAAUUACGCUGAAUUUUUGCAGCUUAUUCAUGAGCCUGCAAAAGAGGAAGAGGCCUUGGAGGCUGAGCAAAAAAUGAUUCGAGAAGGCGCAAAAGGGGGAAUUAAGCGUCGUAUUGUGUCGAUUGAAACUUUAUAUUCUCCCAAGAAUGGGAGUGCUAUUGAAUUAACUCGAAUAUUAUGUACAGGAAUGUAUUUAGAUAACAUGAAGCAAAAAAUUUUGGGAGAAACCCUGCCUCAAAACCUUUUAUUAGCCUCUUAUGGGGAUAACAAUGAUUUUCUUGAUGAGUUAUAUUCUCGAAAACAUUUAUGCGAUAAUCUUCGGAAAUAUAUUAGGGGAAAAGGACUUUUGGAAACUGAAGGGCACUCGGAUGGUAUUCCAUUUGUCAAAUUGGACGAUACUCUUUUACCCAUUGCUAGUGAAUUGGAUAAAUCUAUGCGCAUUACAGAGGUCGAAGAUCGAGUUAUUGAUCGCAUGUUUGCACCUGUACAUCAAAUUUUGAUGGAGACGAAUCAGUUUAUCAACGGUGUGGCUACGUCCGUGUCGUUUAUUACGAAGACCACGAAAAAGGGCAAGCUGCCAAAAAUUUUAGUUUUUACAGAGAAAAGGAAAGGAAACAAAAUUGUCACAAUUGUGCGAGGUUUGGAUGCUUAUGGGUUUGAUUUGGAUUCUUUGGCAACCGAAUGGAAGCAUCAGUUUUCCACGUUCUGCACGAUAUAUGAUCCAUCUAAGGAGAUGACAAAGGUCAAACAGGGAACCCAGGUUCCAUUAGAACUUCAACUUGGUGGAGAUUGGUUAUCCAAGCUUAAAGCAGUUCUGCAAGAGGAGUUCGGUUUUCCACAGCAUACAUUAAAUAUUUCCGCGAAGUGA